GUUUCUUCGGAGUUUCUUUAUUUUUGUCGUUAAGGCUAACGUCGUUAGCUUAUGCCUGCGUCGUUACCAUGGUGACGCUCCGAGGCAGAGGGGACGCGGACCGGAGAAACGGGCCGAGCACGAGCACCGGGACCCCGGCACGAUCUGAGAUAAAGACCCGGAGGAGGAAGAACGCUCCCCGGACUCAAGAGUCCGGACGGUCCGAUGUAUGUAAAUCUGAGGAUGAGGAGCAGAACCUCACCGAUUCCGAAACAGCCGAGGAUGAAGAUGAGAAAGCAGCAGGAAGCGUCAUCAGGAAAUCUCAGCGGCUCCAGAAGCGUUCAGGUGGCCGGCUGAGGAGAAGCACGAGGCUGACCAAAGUGACGAGCAGGUACGAGGCCUCCAACAUGUUCGACGGCAUCAGCACCAACGCCGCCAGGUCGGUCCUGAACAGGAUGGACAGCAUGAAGAAGAAGAGGCGGCUCAGUAACAACAAGGAAGGAAAGAUCUACUCUAAAGCCCAGAGGAGUAAAACACCAGUCCCACUGCGAGGAGAGCUCAGCGACAGCGAGGACAGCCGAGGGGCGGGCUUUGACGAGGACAGCAGGAAGGCCGUAACAGCAGAUGAAGACAGCAACUGCAGCGUCGGCCACAACGUUGAUGCCAAACUGAGCCGAGCCUCGUCGCUGUACCGAGGCCCGACCAGCGACUUCCUGAGAGGAACCUUCCCGGUCAGCGCCUCCGGAGCGAACACGACCCGCAGAGCAGCCUUCAGACCCACUAAGAGCGCCUGGUCCAAACAGUCUGAUGAAGACUCUGAUGAUGAAGAGGAGGAGGCCCCUGACAGCUGUCUCCCACUCAGCCUGCGUACCGGCAACCUUUUGGGAACCCGCAACGACAAGAUGGCUGCAGGAGCG